GAAGCGCUUUAUACGAAUUGUUGACAUGCUACUGAAAACGUGUGAAAAACGGAUGAAGUUGUCAGAUUUAAUUUGAUUUUAUGAGCUACAGUGCGGUAUAAUGUGCAGUAUUAGUGCUUUAAUGGACUAGAUAGAUUAUUCUGACCGACCCGCUGUGAUACAGCUCAUUUCCGGGUAUUAAAAACCGGACGAACAUUAGCAAACUAACGUUAGCUUAGCUGCAUUUAGAUAGAUCCAGCAGCUGUGACACUCAAGAUGAACAAAGAAUCAGCUGUUCUUCAGGGUGCUUUCCUCCUGGCUGAUAAACUGUGUCACCCCUCAUCCCUGUCCUUGCUUCAGAAAGCUGACUGGAGCAGGGUGGGACAUCCAGUCCUGGAGGCAGUCAGAGAAAUCUGCGGACAGGAUGAACUCCCAGGUCAUCUCUCCACAACGUCUCUCAGCUGGAUAAAGAAACUAGUUUGUGCUGUGUGGCUGAAGGUGUUGUCCAGGGAUAGUGGAGAGGACGUAGAGAUGGCCUGGAGGGAGAACCCUUUCUUCCCCCUCCAGAACGGCCUCCCUUAGGUCAACCGUGUUGUCCUGCUGGAAAUGGUUAAGUCGUUGGCAGCUGCUCAGAUAUAUGCACAUCUACUCUUGUAUCUUCCUGGAUCUCAGAUCUGUGCUGAGCUCGAACUGUUUGUGCAGCACGUGAGGAGCAGCCCUACCAAAGAGGACGAUGUUCGACUUUUUCUGGAGGUGUGGUGGGAACUGUGGAAAGGCAAAGAUGAGACUGAAGCAGGAGGAGAGGACAGCGUAGAGACGAUGUUUUCCAGACAGUUUGCUCGUCUCUCAUCUGAGUCUUCCGGUCUGUCCCCUCAGGCCGCCAAGAGGCAAAAGCUUGAUGCAUCAGAUCUACCAGCAUCCUCACCAACCACUGAUGUCCUGCACAUUCUCUUUUAUGCACUUAAAGACAUAAAAGAUCACAUAUCUACAACAGACCUUUGCCUCCAGGCCCUCUCCACUUCUCUGGAUGCUCUUUAUACAGCCUUCCUAAUAGACCAAGCAGUUGUACUUCCAACCAAAGAGAAGAUGCACAUCUUGUCUAAAGUCGUGAGCAUUGGAGAAAAGAAUGAUGAGAAACUGAGUCCUGAUCUCAUCCGGGAGGCGCAGAGAGACCUACGUGCAUCUUACACACCAUCUCAGUUUCAGUGCAGCAGGAUGAAGCUGGGUGAAGCCCUGAAGAUUAUAACAGAACUUGCUCAGUUUUGGCAAAACAGCGGUCUCCUGAAAGUGUGUGAUGGCUCUGAUCCGAGUUACUCAGUGUUUAAACUGGAACAAAGUGUACAGAGAGUCCUGACAGCUCUACUGAAAGCACAAGUGUCUGAAACAAUGACUGAAAUCGAUGAUGGAGAGACUGAGAAGAACGCACUCAGAGGUUUGCUGGCGUCACUGGCUUUCCCUGCCACAGAGAGCAGCCCUGAGGUGAACACGAGGGUCACCACGUUCAUCAUCAAUCACCGCCUGGAGGAUUAUCAGAACUUUGCAGUGUUAUUUGCCAGUGAGAAUAGUUGGGCUGCCUGUGAUGAGCUCUGGAUGGACUGCCUGGAAAAGAACCAAGCAGCCUUCCAGCAGCACGACACACUGAUCAAACUCACCUCCACCCUCAUGAGUAAACUCCACAGUGAGAGCGCUGAUGUGAGCCAGUGCAGGAAGCUGAUGAAAGUCAUCACAGACAUUUUCUCUGCACUUUCCUUGGAAGAGAAGAACAAAGCAUUGGCUGCCAUGUUGAGACUGUCCAGCAGGGGGUUCUUUGGGCGCCCUGUCCCCUCUGCAGUGACUGGUGGGUUUGAGCAGGAGCUCAACAUGGCCUUCAACUGCAUCAUUCAAGGAGGUGGCGCAGCGUCAGCGGUGGCGUCGCAGGGCAAUCUGAACACAGCAGUCUCUUUAGUGGCCAGAGUUGUGUUUCAGAACCCUGAAGCGGCUAUAAGGUCCUGUUGUCAUUCAGCUGUUUUCAAUAAAGGUGCUUUCUCUCUGAUGGCGAAGAUCCUACAGCAGCUGCCCGGACUCAGAGGACAGAGGGAAGGAAAAGAUGAAGCUCAGAGUGAUGAAGAUGGAGAGGACGCGCUGAGUGGAAGCGCUCUGCUCUGCAGGUGUCUGCAGGAGAUGAUUAAGACCAAAUCACUGUCUGCCAAUGAAAAAGAUCAGUUCCUCCAGUAUCUCAGUCUGCUGAUGGCGCCUGUCAUGACAGCUGAAGGAGAGGAAGACAAGAAGCAAAUCUUUCUGACACCUCAGGAGGUCGUGAACAUCUUCGUCCUGCCUAACCUUUCCACUGCCAGUCGUCAAAGCUCCUUUGAUAUAGAACUGAGUCUGCAGCUUCUCCACACUGCUUUGUCUGUGGACGUCCAGGAACCAGCCUCAUCUCCUCACUGGGUGUUGGACUGCUCUCCCUUUCCUCUUCUCUACAUCCUGGCCCAGCUGCUCAACCAGACUCUCAGGUGUUGGGAGCAGCCACCAGAGGGCAGCCUCCACCACUGGUCUAUGGACACCAAGGAGCUGCUGGUGUCGGUGCUGACCACACUGGGGCAGGUGUUGGGUGCAGAGGUGGCGGCUGCUCCCAGCAGCUGGUCCAGAGCUCUGUUCUGGCUCUACAAUAAAAUGGAGGAACUGGACUGGACCGUUCGUUUCCACCUGAAGCCUCUUUGGGGGGAACACUUUAAAAACGAGGUCCCCUCCUCUCUGCUGACUGUGUGUGAUCUACCUGAGCAGGAGUGGUCUGGUUUGGAUCUGCCUCAGUAUGGCCAGGGGACAGGUCUGUUGGCCUGGAUGGAGUGUUGCUCUACAUCAGACUUUCUCCAGUCCACCAUGUUGUCCCGUCUCUCCCUGGACCAGCGUCGGCCCGACCAUGUUGGCAUGUUCAGCAAAGGCCUGCUGGUGGCUGUGACCCAGACCCUGCCCUGGUGCUCCGUGUCCCAGUGGACCAGACUGCUCAGAGUCCUGAGGGAGCUCAUCACCUCAGGCCGCCUGCACAUUCCCUUCUCACUGGAGUACGUGGACUACCUGCCCCUCCUGGACCUGAGGAGGUUUUCAUGUGAGCUCCGCCUGUCUGUCUUCCUGCUGCGAGUCUUCCAGCUGCUCUGCGGCUCCAGCUGCUCCGACUGGUUGUCAGUGGACGGCUGGGCGCACGUUGGCAGGUUGUACGCUCACGCUGUGAGGGAGAUGAUGAACUCCAUCAGAGCCAAGCUGCCGCUUCCUUCGUCUGGUGCUCUGACUGUCUCUGCUUCUCCUAAAACACCAGCGUCUAGAGACUCCAAUCCGUCCUGCACUUCAAUCAAAGCUCUUAAAACGUCCAAAGACAUUCAACCAGCAGAAGGCUGUCCUCAUAAAUCCAAAGAGUCUCAAAUGGAGGACGAGGUGGAGACAGUUCCCAGCCAAGAAGUCCUUUUUGUGCUCAGCCAGCUCUUCUGCCACGUUCAGCACAUCCAGGUGAUGAUGCCAGGAGGCCAGAGUGAACCCUUGUUCCUGUCCAGUCUGGAGAUCCUCAGCCACUAUGAGGCCAUCAUGGCCACUUUCCCACACAGCAGCAGCGCGCUGGAGAGCGACAACACCCGUCACUUCUUCUCCACCAUCACAGACAACCUGGAGAACCAGGAGAUGAAGGCCGCCCUGCAGCAGAAGAUCGCUCAGCUUUUGUCGUCUGCUGCUUGAGACUGUAGACUGUAUAAAUAAUGACGUAGCUACCGUGAUGUCACACACUGGUUUGUAGACAGCCAUUUUGAAACCUUGAGUUCUGCAUUUUGGUGGUCGCCAUCUUGGUUUUUUGGAGCCAGAAGUGAACAUAUUUGGGUGAGAGGCUGGAGCUGUGGAGGAGUGAGGGGUGGAUCUCACUGAGAGGUUGAGGACACAAUCGGCAGACAGCCUGUCACUUAAGAGGCCCCGCCCAUAAAUAGACGUAACUUUGGGCCUUAUUUCUGCUGUAAAGUUGGACAUUCUAACACAGGGGUUGAGUCUGUUUUGGAGCCAGCCUCAAGUGGCCGUUCAGUGAACUUCAGUUUUUGGCACUUAUGUUUGGCUUCAUUUUUCAGUCUCAGAGGUCGACGCUUGAUUAAGACACACUGAUUUUUUGAUCUGUAUUCACUUAAGAGCUUUGGUUCUCAAAUGCUCAAAUUUUCUCUGUAGAUAUAAAGCUAAUUUACUGAUAAAAUAAGGAUAUUGUUUGUCAUGCACUGCAAGAAGCAACUUAAAGAAGUUAUUACAAAAUGAUGGGUUGGGAGUCUGAGUGAAUAAAAGGCAGAUAUUUCACAGCAAA